AAAUGUUGUCCAGUCUUGGAUAGAUCUUCAUCAAAAGAGAGCUUUUCUCCAACAAAUCUAAUGAGAGGAGCUUUUAACGCAGGGAAAGCAACAAGUGGCUACAGAGCAAACCAGGAGAUCAUGGCAACCGGUGGAAGCAACGCGACCUUUGACCUCAGUCCCAAGGCCCUGGUGGGCGUGGGCGUCGGUCUGGUGGCUGUGGGCGGGGCCAGUUACCUACUGUACCGCCACCUGACCCGCGAUGUAAUGCCCCAAAAGUGGCGACGUGUGGGCACUGUGCAGAGGAUUCACUUCUUUCCGGUCAAGUCCUGUGCUCCUCUGGAGAUCGCACAGCCUGACGUGGAGUACGACGUCGAUGUGCUCAGCAUGUCCUUUGAGGGAAUAAGGGAUCGCACCUUGAUGGUGGUCAAUGACCAAAACGAGAUGGUCACGGCUCGGGUGUAUCCACAGAUGACCCAGAUCCACUCAAAGAAGGUUUCGCCCGGCAAGUUGCUCUUUAGCGCCCAGGACAUGCCCGACCUGGAGUUGGACUUUGAGAAGCUUGAGGGCCCCGAAAAGGAUGUGCGCACCGCCGUCUGGGGCGUGCCCGUGGACGUGAUGCCCUGCGGGGAUCGGAUCAACAAGUGGUUCUCCCAGGCUAUCCUAAAGAAGGAUUCCGGCCUCAAGCUGGUUCACUAUCCCUAUCCAAAGCCAGUGAUGACUAUUAAUCCGCGGCUCAAGAACAUGCCCUUCAUUAGGCAGGAGGAUUCGGGCACCUUCAACGAUGCCACCAGUUACAUGCUGAUGAACCUUUCGUCGGUGGCAGAUCUUAAUACCCGACUAAAGAACCCUGUGGAUGCACAGCAGUUCCGCGGUAAUUUCGAACUGAAAAUGGAUGUGGAUGAGCCCUAUGCCGAGGACAACUGGAAAUGGCUUCGCAUUGGGGAUGAUGCUGUGUUCCGUUCGGUGGCGCCCUGCACCCGAUGCAUUUUUCCGAACAUAAAUGUAAGGACGGCUGAAAGGGACCCCGAUGGGGAACCACUCAAGACCUUGAGGAGCUACCGCUUGUUCAACUACAGCUCGCCGGCCCUGGGCAUUCACUUGGGACUUCGGCUGCCGGGAAAGGUGAAGGCCAACGAUGUGGUGUACGUCGGGUACCAGUGAACCCUUCUAGGACUUUUCCAAUAACGAGUCCUGUUCACGUUUUUUAUAUGUACAUAGCUUUUAGUAUGAAAGUACCGUAAACUGUAAGAAAAACAGCCGCACUUACAUUUCCAA